AUGUCAUUACAAACACAAACACCAUCACAAUUAUUACAAUCAUUUACUACCCGAACAACUGACUAUAAUCAAUUAAUUAAUUCUGUUGGAAUUAAUGCUAUUACACCUCAACAAAUUCAACGAAUAGAAAAAUUAAGUGGUAAAGCACCACAUCAUUAUCUUUCUAGAGGAGUUUUCUUAGCAGAAAAGUCAUUAGAUAAAUUUUUAGAUGAUGUUGAAGCAAAGAAACCAACUUUUAUUUUUAUACAAAAAUAUCCACAAAAAGAAGUUGCUUUAGAAGAGUAUAUUACAUUGGAAUUUGCUCGUUAUCUUCAAGAUGCUUUUAAUAUUCAAGUAAUUAUUCAAAUAUUAGAUGAUAUAAAAGUAUUAAAUAGAGAGGCAACAAUAAAUGAAGCAAGUAAAAUGUCAAAUGAUUUAAUGAAGUAUAUUCUUGCAUUUGGAUUUAAUGAAGAUAAAACAUUUAUUUAUACUGACUAUCAAUAUUUCGGAAAAAUGUAUAGAACAAUUUCAUUAGUAGAAAAAGCAACUGCUUAUAAUGUAGUUCAACCAUUUUUUAACUUUGAAUAUUCAGAUAAUAUUGGUAAAUUAGCAUCACCAUCAAUUAUGACAGCUUCAAUGUUUUCUCAAUCUUAUUCUCACUUUUUUUCUUCUCCUGCUCGUUGUUUAGUUCUUGACUCAAUAAAAAAUGUUCAGUUCCAUUCAAUUAUUGAUCAAAUUGCUACUACUCUUAAUUUCAUUCAACCAACUGUUCUCUUCCAUAAAAUGGUUCCUUUAUUAUCUGGAGUAACUAAAUUUGAUAUACCAUCUGAUCACAAUUCAAUUCUUCUUUCUGAUAAUGCUAAACAAGUAGAACGUAAAAUUAAUAAACUUGCUUUUUCUGGUGGAAGAAAUACUACUGAAGAACAUAAAAAACUUGGUGGUCAAUGUGAUAUUGAUGUUUCUUUCCAAUUACUUAAUAUCUUCUCUUCUGAUAAUGCACAAGUAAAAGAUGUAGAAGAAAAAUAUUCAAAAGGAGAAUUAUUAUCUGGAGAACUUAAAAAAAUUGUUAGUGCUUCAAUGAAAGAUUUUAUUGUUGCUUAUGACGCUAAGAAGAAACCAAUUACAACAGCAUAUCUUAAAGCUUACAUAUCAAAAACUAAGUUUUAA